CUUCGAUAAAUUCAUCGAUAUUCUUCCUCUUCAUAUGGCGCGAUUGGUUUUACUUUACUGCGAAUUUAUUUGAAUGAAAGCUGUCUUAACAUGUUUUCGCCCCGUCUUCGCCUCACACAGAAGAUACUGCGCUAAUCCCGGCCAGGCAAUGAAGUACCUGAACGUGGCGGAGAAGAACGACGCCGCCAAAACGAUUGCCGGCCUGCUGUCCAAUGGCGCAGCACACAGGCGCGAAGGCUACUCGGUGUACAACAAGGUCUUCGAUUUCGAGGCCCUUGUGCGCGGAAAGAAUGCCAAAAUGGUUAUGACCUCCGUAUCCGGCCACAUGAUGCAGCUGGCAUUCCAGGUGUCGUACAAAAAUUGGAGAACAGUGGAUCCGCGCUCUUUAUUCGACGCGCCGGUGAAGAAGGGCGUUGGCGCGGACUAUGAGCCCAUCAAAAGGACCUUGGAGCGCGAGGUCCGUGGCUGUCAGGGAUUGAUUAUCUGGACGGAUUGCGAUCGCGAGGGCGAGAACAUUGGCUACGAGAUUAUUGAUGUGUGUCGCGCUAUCAAACCGAAUAUUCCGGUUUAUCGUGCCACUUUCUCGGAGAUUACCACGGUGGCGGUGCGUCGGGCUCUGCAGCAAUUGGGGCAGCCGGACAAAAGGCAGAGCGAUGCCGUGGAUGUGCGCACGGAACUGGACUUGCGAACUGGUGCCGCCAUCACCCGGUUUCAGACAAUGCGCCUACAACGUUUAUUCCCCGAAAAGAUAGCUGAUAAGCUCAUCUCUUAUGGGAGCUGCCAAAUUCCCACUUUGGGAUUCGUCGCCGAACGGUAUAAGGAGAUUGAGGCCUUUGUAUCCGAGCCGUUUUGGAAGAUUAAGGUUCUGCACACAAUUGAUGACUUGACGGUGGAGUUUAAUUGGGCCCGAAACCGACUCUUCGAUAAGGAAGCUUGUGAAAACUAUCUGCUUCUCUGCCUGGCCGAACCGGAUCCUAGAGCGCUCGUGGAGAGCGUCACCGUUAAGCCCAAACACAAAUGGCGACCCACUCCGUUGGAUACCGUGGAAAUGGAGAAGCUUGGCUCGAGGAAACUCAAGCUAUCUGCCAAGGAGACGAUGACCAUUGCCGAAAAACUGUAUACCAAGGGUUUCAUCAGCUAUCCCCGUACGGAAACCAACCAGUUCUCCAAGGAGUUCGCUCUGGCACCACUAGUUGAGAUGCAAACUGGUCACCGCGACUGGGGAGCAUUUGCCCAGCGGGUGAUUGAGUGGGGACCAAAUCCUCGAAACGGUAACAAGUCGGAUCAGGCGCAUCCUCCCAUUCAUCCUACCAAGCUGGCAGAAAACCUGCAGGGAAACGAGGCGCGAGUGUACGAACUGGUCGUCCGGCACUUUCUCGCCUGCGUCAGCAAAGAUGCAGUCGGCUCCGAAACCCUUGUCCACAUCGACAUUGCCGGUGAGAAGUUCACUGCCAAUGGUCUUGUUAUUCACGAACGAAACUACCUGGAUGUUUAUGUUUAUGACAAGUGGAGUGCGAAGCAGAUCCAUCACUAUGAAAACGGACAGCGCUUUGAGCCCACGGAAGUAUCGCUCCACGAAGGUGCCACCACUGCCCCACCCCUGCUGACCGAAGCGGAUUUGAUUGCACUGAUGGAAAAGCAUGGAAUUGGUACAGAUGCCACCCACGCUGAGCACAUAAACACGAUCAAGGAACGCGGCUACAUCGGGGUGCUGGACAAGGGCUUUUUGGUACCAGGAGUUAUAGGAAUGGGACUGUAUGAGGGAUACGAUGCCAUGGAGCUAGCCCUGGCCAAGCCACAACUCCGUGCUGAGUUUGAAUUGGAUUUAAAACUAAUUUGUCAAGGGCAGAAAGAUCCCAAGGUGGUCCUGACCGAACAGAUCGCCAAGUACAAGCAGUCCUAUCAGCAAAUUACCGAUAAGAUUACCGCCAUGGACGCCAAGAUAUCUGCUCGCAUCAAUGAGACACCAGCUGCCAAUUCUGCAGGUCAGGGAGGAGCCGAUGGAAGUGGUCCAAGUCAAGGCAUCAUCCAAUCAAUCUUCCAGUGCCCUAAGUGCAAUGAGGCUCCUUUGGCGCUCAAGCCAAAGAAGAACCAGCAGGGCUGGUACAUUGGCUGCAAUAACUUUCCUGACUGCAAAAACGCAGUCUGGCUUCCGACAGAGUGCAAGGACGCAUCCGUGCUGGACGAGUGCUGUCCCACCUGCGGCGAUGGAUACCGAAUGCUCAAGUUCCGCCUGAGCACGCCUUACUAUCGCGGGGUAUUCAGUACUCCCAGCGGUUGGUACAAAACCUGUUUGCCCUGCGAUAAUCUCUUUCGCACCACGUUCAACAUUAAUUUGGACUCGGUUAAGAAAGUGGGAGGCAUUGUGGGUGAAGUGCGUGGUGGAGGAGGCGGUCCAGGCUUAGGACCCGGAGGCGGUCCAGGCUCAGGACCCGGAGGCAGUGGCUCUGGCAGAGGAGGCGGCUCUGGAGGAUGGAGCAGCGGACCUGGAGGCGGUGGCUCUGGCGGAGGAGGUGGCUCUGGAGGAUGGGGCAGUGGAACUGGAGGCGGUGACUCUGGUGGACGGGGCAGCGGAACUGGAGGCGGUGGCUUGGGAGGAGGAAGGGGCAAAAAACCUAGCGGCGAAUCUAAAAAACCACCUACUAAAAAGCCUCCCAGCGAACCCAAACCGAAAAAGACAAAAGAGCCGAAAGCGGCAGCCAACAAAAAUUCAAGCAGCAAAUCGACUAGCAGCAUACGCAGCUACUUUACAAGUGCGGCGCCUACGAAUUCCGCCAGCAAUGGACUAGAUGAGUUUUUCGAUAGUAACGAUGGCUUUGAGGACGCCAUGUUGGCUGCUGCCGAAUCCGUGGAAUCGAGUAGCCAACCCAAAACCAUGAGUAUGGUCCCCCUGGAUGACGACAUAGCCGCCGCUUUUGCAGCGGAUGAUGAUGCUGAAUUCGAGGCGUUGGUAAACGGCGGAACCCUGCCCACCGACUCCAAUGUGGACCAGCAGCUAGACAAAAGUCUCUCGGAAUGGGUAAAGGAGCAGGACAAAGCGGACGAGAUGCCAAUGCUUUGGGGAACUCGUGAGCGAGCGUCGUUCGGUACUGCUGCUCCCACUCCUCCCCCGAAACCGGCAGCUAAACGACCGAGAUGGGACAGUGUCGAGUGGGAUUCCACACCACCCUCUUCGGUUCCGGAAUCCGAAACAGUCCUGUGUACAGGAUGUCAGCAGCCAGCUCGCCAGAACACUGUUCGUAGGAAUGGACCCAACCUAGGCAGGCAGUUCUACAACUGUCCCAAACCGGAUGAGUGCACCUUCUUUCAGUGGGCUGAUAAGCCCACUUCAGGGGACGGAGAGGAGGUGAUGUGCAACUGUGGGCAAGUGGCUAGCCAGCUGACUGUCCGAAAAGACGGACCAAACCAGGGUAGACCCUUCUAUGCCUGUCCCACGCGAGAAAAGUCGUGCGGUUUCUUCAAAUGGGGAGAUGAGGACCAAAACCAAGGUGCUAGCAGCACUUCUUGGGGCUCGGCUAAUCGAAAUCCCCCUGGACGCAGUCAGCCCGCGGCCUCUACGUCCGAUGGUUCCAAAACGCGACGUUGUGGUCUCUGUCGCAAGGAGGGACACACAAGGAACAAGUGUCCUCGCAAGGAUGAGUUUGAUAUGUAGUCGAGCGACGUGGGUAUUACCACAGAACGGAUAUGGGAAGAUGUAUUUGUAUGUACAUUGUAUAAAGCGAAAAUAAGAAAGUUGUUUUUAUAAAAUAAAA